CGUGGUGGCCAAGGACCUGUCGCGCCAGCUUCGCGUGAACAUGGGAACCGACCGCGCCAUCAUAUUGGUGGGCAACAAGGCGGACCUGGUCCGCAAGAGACAGGUCGCAAUAGACGGUGAGUUUGUGUCUGGAGGCUUAGUCUGGCCACGUUUAGGAAUGUCUCUUUAAAUGUCUCGUUAACAAUUCGUUAAAAAAAUAAUUUAAAAAAAUUGUCUUUAAUUUUGUUUUUUUUCAACUAAUAUCCACCAAAACUAUUUAUAAAACAAUUUGGCAUUGUUUUAUUUUUUUUUUAAAUGAAGAGAGGGGUGAGUGGGUGCAGCAUGUGGGGUCAAAGCUGCGAGAUCGGUGAGCUCAGAAAGAUGGCCAGCAUCAUUUAACAUAGCUGCUCCGACCUUGUUACGGUUAAUUUAUGCACGAUAAUUAGAAGGUUUGGGCGAAAAAGGGGGGGGGGGGGGGCAAAAUACCAUAGAUUAUUUAAGAAAACAUGUGUCUAUUAAAAAAAAAAAAAAAAAAAGAGGGGGGGAAAAAAAAAAAGGAAAAAAAAUGGAAAGGAAAGGAGAGGAAAAUUAAAAAAAAAAAAAAAAAAAAAAAAAAAAAACUGUAAAUGUCAAGAAUAUAAAGUCUCAAGAAAAAGAGAUUAAUGUGUAGCGCAUUCAACUUUCAAAGGGGAAAUAAUGCAUUGCCCAUUUGGGCCUACGAACUGUAUGGACAUUUCUUAUUCAUGAAAUUGUGUUCUUAAAAACGCGUUGCUUGAUUUAAAAAAAAAAUCUUUUUCAACAUUACAAAUUAGAUGAAUCAUUUAAAUUAUAAUUUUGUCCUUGUAUUUUAUUUUUAAAUAUCUAUAUCUAGACAUCAUUAUGUAGUCCACUUCCUCUUUAGACCGUCUCAUUCGUUACAUUUAAUCAACACUAUAACUGCAGCUAUUUAUUUCCUCGACAGCUGAUGGCGAGCUGACGGAGAAGACCGUGGUCCCGGUGCUGCUGGACGGAGAUGAAUCCAUUAUGGAAUUCAUAGAUGGAGCUGAUGUAAGUUGACAUGCGCAACAACACCAACAUCGCUACAUUUAGCUAUUGCUUUUUAAAUCCCCCCCCCCUCAUAGUUUUUUUGUGGGUGGGAGCGCACUGUAUCACGGCACACUAUUAAUCUCUUCAUCGCUGUCCUCAAAUUGCAACCGGGCGUCAGGCCUUGAAAUGUAGAUUUAAAGGUAUAUCUUUUUUCCCCAUUACUCGAUUUCUAAAAAUGAUUUUUCCAUUACUUGAUGUCUAAACAUGAUUAUUGCAUUAUUUGGUUUCUAAAUAUGCUCUUCCAUGUGACCCUGGGAACUAAAAUGUUACGGGCGUCUAUCUGAAACUAUGUGUCGUAACACUGACGUAAGGUAUUUAGAAUUAGUCGAAUACUCCUUUACAUCGUGGGUUAUUCUAUAUAUUAAGGUUACAACGGAGUAAAAUUACGACGUGUUUUCUAAACUUUAAGAACUUUCGUCUCUUUGACCAGGCUAUAUCUUUAAGAGCCUGUUACGUCGUGAUAUGGUUUUGAAAAUGUAAUCUGUGUUAAGGUUCAGCUCGUAGAAUACACACUGCGUAACAAAGGACUGAGAAAAAAAAACACCAUGCAGAGAGAACGAUACCAAAGCUGGUGAUACUAACAAUAUUGACUUUCAUUAUUUAUUUAUUUAUUUAUUUAGGCAUUUUUAUAUAGCGCUUAUCAUAAAGCUCUAAGCGCUUUACAAUUAUUAAAACAUGUAAACUAAGUAAAAUAAAAAUGAGACAUUAUACAAUUAAAUUUCUAUUAAAACAAAAUACAAAUUCGAAUGCAGAAACAAACAAAAAAUAUCAACUUACAGCACAGCGCGUGAAAAGGUACACUCUUCACAAAUGCAAAUAAUAAUUUAGAUAUAACAUUAUAAAAUGUCUCGUAUAUGUAGGGAAACAUAACAAAAAAAAAUAUUCCUCACUCUCUUUCUCUUUUGCUCUGUCUGUUAGUUAACCUAUUGGCCUAAAUAUAGGGAUUAGAUGAGAACGGUCAAGGGAAGAAAUUAAAGAGAUUCUAGAAAAUGGCAUUCUUUCAAACAAAUAGAGCGCAUUCGAAAUUUAAAAAAAAAAAAAAAAAAAAAAAACACCUUUCCCAACCAAUAAAGGGGUGGGUAAAGGAUGACACAAUACAUUUAAUCGGCGCCGUCACUAGCAAGGCCAUACUGGGGGGGGGGGNCGAGGCUACACUAUAACAGGGCCAUUUGAGAUAUCACUAAGUAGAUCUAAGGGUGUGUUCAUAAAUUAACAUCCAAUAAGAUGAUUUACAAGAAACUAAUAUCACCAACUUAUAUUUCCAAGAGUGUCCAAAUAAUAUUUGUAUAACAAACUAGCAAUAUUUCCUGGCGUAUCUAAACAAUAGACUGAUUAACACCAAUCAAUAUAGUACAUCCAGGCAUAUCAAAUUGAUGAUUGUAUAACAACAUAAAACAUUUACUUUUUUUUCCCAGGCGUAUCAAAUGGAUGACAUCAAUGUGGACGCUUACAUUGUCGUGUUCUCCAUCGUCGACCGGAAUUCAUUCGUGGUGGCCAAGGACCUGUCGCGCCAGCUUCGCGUGAACAUGGGAACCGACCGCGCCAUCAUAUUGGUGGGCAACAAGGCGGACCUGGUCCGCAAGAGACAGGUCGCAAUAGACGGUGAGUUUGUGUCUGGAGGCUUAGUCUGGCCACGUUUAGGAAUGUCUCUUUAAAUGUCUCGUUAACAAUUCGUUAAAAAAAUAAUUUAAAAAAAUUGUCUUUAAUUUUGUUUUUUUUCAACUAAUAUCCACCAAAACUAUUUAUAAAACAAUUUGGCAUUGUUUUAUUUUUUUUUUAAAUGAAGAGAGGGGUGAGUGGGUGCAGCAUGUGGGGUCAAAGCUGCGAGAUCGGUGAGCUCAGAAAGAUGGCCAGCAUCAUUUAACAUAGCUGCUCCGACCUUGUUACGGUUAAUUUAUGCACGAUAAUUAGAAGGUUUGGGCGAAAAAGGGGGGGGGGGAGAAAAUACCAUAGAUUAUUUAAGAAAUCAUGUGUCUAUUUAAAAAAAAAUUAAAUUAAUAAUUUCAAAAGCGUUUCUGCAUGACUCACACGAUGAUCCUAAUUCUCAGACUGUCAUCAAAUGUUUUAGAAUUAAUAAUUUUUAAAAAAUACUUCAAAAUUACUAUUGUAAUUUAGAGCCUAAAAUCUUUGAUUUUGGUAACAUUAUAAAUCCAUCUGAGGGGAGGCUAUUUGUGAAACCAGCCAACUAACUACUGGAUGAUGGUUGAGAAAAAGCUGCGUUUUUUGUUUGUUUUUUUUUUUUUUGGUUGUUUUUUUUUAAUUGUAAAUUUAAUCUUUUUUAAAAAGCAAAUGAAGCAAUUUAUAGUUUUGGAGUUAAACAAAGAUUUUAAUUCAUUCAAUACGUAGAUCUAGUAGACUGAAGAUUGACACGUAACAAACCAGCCAAAAUGGAUAACUCGUUUUUUGUUGUUUAUUUUUUUAAAUGUGACUUACAAUGCGCAAGUUAUCUCUUUGUGUAUUUUAACAACGGGAAGUGUAAGAUUGUUUUUUUUUUCCUUUUCUUUUUUGUCUUGUUUUUCAAAAAAAUUUAACCUAAAUUCAAAUGUAAUUUUAAAUUUCGUCAACAAAAAUGUUUUUGGAGGACAUUAAAAAAACAACAACAACAACAAAAAAAAACAAACAAUGCCCCUUUUCUGAGCUAUUCAAAGACAUGGCAACAGAUGCAAAGAAACAGGAAAAAAAAAAAAAAAAUGCCCCUUUUCGGAACAAUUAAAAAAAAAGGAAAAAAAAAAAAAAAAAAAAAAAAAAAAAAAAAAAAAAAAAAAAAGAAUGAUAAAAUAAAAUAAGUUGUUUACUCAAACCCCCGAAACUUUGCUUGUUAUUCUCGUCUCAGCACAUUUAGACGGACUCACAGUCGUGCACUUUUAGUCGCUUCCCCAUUAGAUUCAAGUCUAUAAAUAGCAUCAUCUCAUAAGUGUGUCACAUUUCGAUUUGGAUUUCUUUUCACGUGAUAUCUUUCUAUGAUUUUGAUUUGACUCCUUUAUUAUAUAAUGCUGAUAUUUCAAGUCUUGAUCUAAGCAAUACAGUCAGUUUAUUAUUUUUUUUUAAAAUAUAAAUUAUUAUCCUCUGCUUUUCUGAUAAGGGACAAGUCUGACCAGCGUAGGUUACUCCUGGUCUUAUGAUAGUGCCCUGUAUUGUUUUCUUUGUUCCCCUUGAGAUGAUUGAUUAUAUGAACAUUUAAUAAAAAUUUAGCAGACAUCGAUAAUUGAGUCUAAAUGUUGGGGUUGACCCCUUCCUGAUUAUCGACAUAUUGGGAUUUUCGAUUACGUGAGCAGGUGUUGUUAUUACGACAGUGGCGGUUGACCAUUUGACUUGUGACACACUACUGUCAUGGAGUCGCCACAAGUCGCGCUGAAAGAUACGAAUGCUUUCACUUUCCAUCACUUUGAGAUUCUCCCAUAGUAAUUUAUAUUUGUUAAAAAUAUUUUCUUUCUUAUUCGGCUAUCUGGAAUUUUCAACGACCGGAAUAUCGACGUCUUACUGUAUCUUUAAAUCUUCAAUUAACAAAAAAUUGACACUUUUAUUUUUGGCACAUCACGUAUUUAGAGAAAAUUGGGGGGGGGGGGAAUUUUUUUAACCUCCCCCCCCCUCCCCCCAGAAAAAAUGUAAAAAAAAUAUUCUAAUCUUUAAAUCUUCAAUUAACAAAAAAUUGACACUUUUAUUUUUGGCACAUCACGUAUUUAGAGAAAAUUGGGGGGGGGGGAAUUAUUUUAACCUCCCCCCCCCUCCACCCAGAAAAAAUGUAAAAAAAAUAUUCUUACUACAAAUUCAUGCAUUCUUAUGUAAUGGGAUCUUAUGCAAGCUCUAACCUCCUUAUCUUAUUCAACACUAUUUUUUCCACAGAUGCCAUGCAUGUGGCCUCCAUGUUACGACUUUCUUAUCAUAUUCAAAAAUGUUUCUCCCACAUUUGCCAUGCACGUGGCCUCCAUGUUACGACUUUCUUAUCAUAUUCAAAACUGUUUCUCCCACAGAUGCCAUGCACGUGGCCUCCAUGUUCGACUGCAAGUACAUAGAAACAUCGGCCGCCCUCAACCACAAAAUCGACGAGCUGGUGGCCGGGACCUUGACCCAGAUACGCCACCAGCUCCUGCCCCCGGGCACCGCCCUCACGCUCCCUCCACCGACCAAGUCCAGGAGCCGGACCCCCUCCCCGGUGUCGUUCUUCAACAGACUCUUCAAACGCAACGUCAAAGGAUCGGCGUCUUGCGAGGGAAUCUUCAUGAAAUGAACGAACCAGACCCCCGGACAAUCAAACCUGAAGUUCUAAAAAGAGAGUACACAGCUG